GGGGCUGGGCUCAGUAUUCAGUUUAACGGGACACUUUGAGCGGACCGGGCGAUGCUUCUUUCUCUCCCUGCGCUGUCGGCGGGUCGAAACUCGGCGUCUAUGAGCGGCAGGAGCGCCGCUGACGGAUGCACCUGUACCGGUGCAUCUUAUUCCACACGGGCGUCUUUCUUCCGUAAAGGGCUUUGUGAAAUCUUCUUCGUUUAUUAAACUACUGCAAACUACUACUUCUACUACUAUUGCAAAGGAUUUUACAUUAUGCAUAUUCAUCAUUUAAAAGCAGCGUGGAUCUGAGACUGAAGCGUUUAUUUCUCCUCCAUCGACAUAGAAUUAGGCUGCGUAGCCAGAUAUCUCGUAGCAUGUACUCAAGGUCUCCCCUAAAUGUUCUCGGGUAGUCAUUUAGAAGUUAGGCUGUAAUAACGGUGUACUUCUGAUCGCGCCGGAUGAAGGCUCCUGGGAAGCGACUGCUUUUGGAGAAGCCGAAGGGAUGGUUUCACUAAAUGAUCGGAGGCUGGGGAGUUUCAGUCUAGCCAUGAUCCUGUUUCCAGUCCUUUGGCUUUUAACGGAGACCCGGGCAGCGCCGUCUCUCACGACCACCCAGAUGGACACGGGGGUGGAUUGGCUGAGCAAGUUUGGGUAUCUCCCACCCCCAGAUCCAGUAACAGGUCAGCUGCAGACCAAAGAAGCUCUGACCAAGGCCAUCAAAGCCAUGCAAAAGUUUGGAGGCCUGGAGGAGACGGGGGUGCUGGAUCAAGCCACUCUGGUUCUGAUGAAGACUCCCCGCUGCUCACUGCCUGACCUGCUGGUACCGGAGGAGCCCUCAAACCGAGGUCGCCGGGCUCUGCCUCCCCAGAGCAAGUGGAACAAGAGGCAUCUGUCCUGGAGAGUCCGAACAUUCCCCAAGGAGUCGCACCUGCUGGGCCGGGACACCAUCCGUGCCCUCAUGUACUACGCGCUGAAGGCUUGGAGCGACAUCGCACCACUGGACUUCCAUGAGGUGGCAAGCAGCCGCGCCGAUAUCCAGAUCGAUUUCACCAAGGCUGACCACAGUGACGGCUACCCUUUCGACGGACCUGGUGGCACCGUAGCACAUGCCUUCUUCCCUGGGGAGCGCUUCUCUGCGGGUGACACCCACUUUGAUGAUGAUGAGUCCUGGACCUUUCGGUCCCCAGACUCGCACGGCAUGGACCUGUUUGCGGUUGCCGUCCAUGAGUUUGGUCAUGCCAUCGGGCUGGCACACACAUCCGCCAUGGAGUCCAUUAUGCGACCGUACUACCAGGGCCCUGUGGGCGACCCACUCAAAUACGACCUUCCGUAUGAAGACAAGGUCCGCGUCUGGCAGCUCUAUGGGGUCCGGGACUCCGUGUCGCACACCAUCCAACCUGAUGACUCCUAUUCUGCAGAAUCACCGAUUCUGCUGGACCUCCCUGAAAACAGGUCCAUCGUUCUCCCUUCUGGAGAUACCCCGGACAGAUGUAGCACCGCUUUUGAUGCUGUGGCUCACAUUCGGGGAGAGGCCUUUUUCUUCAAAGGAAAGUACUUCUGGCGACUGACCAGGGAGAAGCACCUGGUGUCACUCCGGCCGGCUGAGAUCAGCCGCUUUUGGAGGGGCCUGCCAUCUAACCUGGAUGGCGUGGAUGCCAUAUAUGAGAGGCCGGGAGACCACAAGAUUGUCUUCUUCAAAGGAGUCAAGUACUGGGUUUUCAAAGACAACCACGUAGAAGAGGGCUACCCCCGGCCGAUCAGCGACUUCGGCCUGCCCAUGGAGGGCGUGGACGCUGCCUUCGUGUGGCUCCACAACGACAAGACGUACUUCUUCAAGGACAACCAGUACUGGCGCUUUGACGACCACCUGCGGCAGAUGGACCAGGGGUACCCCAAGGACAUGGCUCUGUGGAAGGGCGUACCCCCUAAACUGGACGACGCCAUGCGCUGGUCAGACGGCUCCUCCUACUUCUUCAAGGGUACAGAGUACUGGCAGCUUCAGGACAGCGCCAUGGAGGUGGAGCCGGGGUUCCCACGCUCUGUGGGGAGGGACUGGCUACUCUGUACAGACAUGCAGUCAGACUCACCGGCCACGGAGCCUAACGUAACAGAGAGGACACACCCGCGGGCCCGGAACCAUGCCGACCACGCCGAGAGCAGCUACGAAGUGUGCUCCUGCACAUCUGACUCGGCCAUGGCACUAUCCUCCUGCCCCUUUGGCCCACCCCUCUCUCUCCUGGUGCCCCUCUGCGCCACGUUCCUCACUCUCCUGCUGUGAAGUGGGGGCACUUGCUGACAGAUAGUACUGUGGGGGCUGGUUUUUCCUCUUUCUCCCUCCAACAGUCGUCCCACCCCCAAAACAACUCUUAACAGCGGCCUUUCGGCUGCCCUGUGGGAUCCCUUUAAAGCCGGUGGUUUUACAUCAGGUUUGCUGUUCUAAUUACUGCUGUAAACAGCGUUGUAGCUUAUUUCUUGGCCUUCAGCGCAUGUGGAAGUCCUGAGGACGGCACCAUUGCUCCCGACUCCUUGUUUUCGUCUGACUGCGGUGCCCUGCUGUGGACGGCUGGGCUCCGGUCUGAUCGCAGUAAUAAUCCCGUGUGGGUCAGGCAGCCCUUUACUGCAUCAUGUUUCCUUGCUCUGCCCUUAUCCUGCUGCUUCCCCUCUGAAGGUGUCAUCAUUUCAUCACCUUCCAGGUGUGGUCCUCCGUGUCCAUUCCAGUUCCUUCCCAGCCAAGACGCUUCCUGUCCAUACUAAGGUUUUAAAUAUGUUUUGUUGCUGAUAAACACCCAAAUAUCUGUGGCCAAAUUGUUAAUGGUUUCCACUGGUUUUCUCAUAUCACCAGAGAAUUUCUGUAUUCAGUUUUCACAUCUGUCCAGCACACCUAAUUAUACACGUUUGCCACUCGGACACUGCCAUUCUUUCACUGAUUUGUUAUGAUAUCCAGAUAUAUUUAAGAAUCCAUAAAUAUAUACACAGAGCGGAUGCAAAAAAAUUCAGUGAAAGCCACCUUUUCUAAGUCCUGAAAUAUUUUUGUAAAAAAUAAAUUUAAGACAUCUCACAGGCUAUAUAAUGGGUUUUUUCUGAAAAAAAGGAGAUGGGGACAAAAAGAAGAAGAAAUGUAAACUGGACGCACUGUGGGAGCGUAAAAUGGCAACGUACCCCAAGGUGACACUUAUACGGGCUAAAGCUGAGCAGCUCUUCUGUUCCUACAUGUUCAGCUACAUUAUUGGUUUUACUGGUGGCGGUGAAGGGGAUAUUAAAUCAUCACCAUUUAAUGGAAUGAUGAGGUGAAAUAAAUGGGGAAAAAAUUGAAGUGGUAAUAGAGUGACAGUGAAACACAGAAUGAGGUGUGAGGUAAGGACUGCAUACCUACCACAGGAUAUACGACGCAAGAGGGGGAGCCCAGCGAUUAAGGCUGUUGUCAUGACAACAUCCAGCAGUUCUGCUUCUUCUCACCUUCUUGUCAUCCUGGAAAAAAUUAACCCCAUUUAGUUUGUUUUCUUGGGGUCCAGGCCUCUUUUUCAGGCAUGAGAACUACAAAUUCCAUGAUCGAUCUGAACAAUCAAAUGUGUGUAUGUGUGUGUGUGUGUUUUACCUUUGUAUGUCAAUUUUGUAUGUAAAUGUAUGUAUGUAAGGUUUUCAGUCCCAGAUCAUUUGAUUACACCUGAAUGUCAGUAAUACCUCACUAAGAGUGCAGUAAAAUGCCCGGACAGUAUGAAAAA